GUCAGAAAGGGAAACCCGGGCGGGGAGACUUGGACCCAUAAGCGGCGGCCAUUGGAGGUGGCAGCUGCAGCUGAUGUGGCCUCAUGGAUGAGCUGGUGCAUGACUUAGCCUCAGCCUUGGAGCAGACGUCUGAGCAGAAUAAGCUUGGUGAGCUGUGGGAGGAGAUGGCCCUGAGCCCCCGGCAGCAGAGGCGGCAGCUUCGCAAAAGGAGAGGCCGGAAGCGCCGGUCAGACUUCACCCACCUGGCGGAGCACACCUGCUGCUACAGCGAGGCCUCGGAGUCAAGUCUCGAUGAGGCCAUUAAGGAUUGUCGAGAAGUGGCCCCCGUGGCCAAUUUUAGUGACUCUGAUGACACGAUGGUAGCCAAACGGCACCCAGCUCUCAAUGCCAUUGUUAAGAGUAAGCAACACUCUUGGCACGAAUCUGACUCCUUCACUGAGAACGCACCCUGUCGGCCGCUCCGGCGCCGGCGGAAAGUGAAGAGAGUGACGUCAGAGGUGGCCGCCAGCCUUCAGCAGAAGCUCAAGGUGUCAGAUUGGAGCUAUGAAAGAGGCUGCAGGUUCAAGUCUGCCAAGAAGCAGCGUCUGUCCCGCUGGAAGGAGAAUACUCCCUGGACCUCAUCGGGUCACGGGUUGUGCGAAUCGGCAGACAAUAGGACUUUCCUGAGCAAGACCGGAAGGAAAGAAAGGAUGGAGUGUGAAGCGGAUGAACAAAAGCAGGGGUCUGAUGAGAACAUGUCGGAAUGUGAAACCAGCAGUGUGUGUAGCAGCAGUGACACAGGGCUCUUUACCAACGACGAAGGACGGCAAGGCGAUGAUGAGCAAAGCGAUUGGUUCUAUGAGGGAGAAUGUGUCCCAGGAUUCACUGUCCCUAAUCUUUUGCCCAAGUGGGCUCCUGAUCAUUGCUCUGAAGUCGAAAGAAUGGAUUCUGGACUGGAUAAACUUUCCGAUUCCACAUUCCUUUUACCUUCUCGACCAGCUCAAAGAGGAUAUCAUGCUCGCUUGAACCGUCUGCCUGGAGCUGCAGCUCGAUGUCUCAGAAAGGGCCGAAGAAGGCUUGUCGGGAAGGAGACCAGCAUAAGUACUUUGGGGACUGAGAGGAUAGGCCACAUUAUUAGUGACCCUCGGCAGAAAGAAAAGAAUAAAGCAUUGGCUUCUGAUUUUCCUCACAUUUCUGCUUGUGCACAUGAGUUCAAUCCCCUCUCUCCCCUCUACUCCUUGGAUGUUCUUGCCGAUGCCUCUCACCGAAGGUGUUCCCCGGCGCACUGCUCGGCCAGACAGGCAAACAUACACUUGGGACCCCCAUGUUCACGUGACAUCAAGAGGAAACGGAAGCCUGUGGCCGCAGCGUCUCUGUCCAGCCCCAGUGCAGUCCACGCGGAUGUAGUGGAGCCGACCACACCAGCGCCGCAGGCCCGGAGAUCUCCAAACCCUGAGUGGUUGGGCAGGACCUCUGCCGCAGAGAAAGCCCCUGACUCCGCUGCAGCGACGUUUUUUAAAAUGCCACCAGAAAAGAGCCCUGGACACAGCUAGAGAGCAGGAGCCCACCCACGGGAGCCGCUGGGUGUGGUGCAACACCUCCUAGCCAGCGCAUCCCAGACGCGGUGUCGCAGAGCCCAGUCCUGUUACUGCCAGGAUGACCCCUCUUCAGACAAAGCAGCGGACUCUUUCUCUUAGAAAACCAUGUUGUGCAAAUCUGAUUGUUUUUAAAAAAACAAAACAACACAAAACAUUAGUAAAGUAUUGCAGCAGCAGUUUAUACAAAAAAAACGAAAGUCCGCCUCUGCGAUUUGUUACAUUGCUGUUGUCCCAGCAGUUCCCUGUGCAGCCCCGUUUACAGAGCUGUUGCUUUUUGCAGGUAUGUCUCUUUUCUUGAGAAACUAGUAACUGCUUUUGCAUACUUUUUGUGUAGAGCUUUUAAUAUCGUUUGAGGAAGUCCCAAAUUGGUAGCCAUUUCAAGACAGAUGGCAACACUGAGUUAAGACCGGUGUGUGGAAUUGCGUUUGCAGAGACCAGGUUCGCCUCUGAGCCUCGUUUUGCUUCACUGAUCGUGCCAAUAAACUAAACCCAUCAAGUUCUCAUUCUGGGGCCUCAGGAGACUCCAGUGGCCUGGACCGUGGGAACUUCUUCCAGCUCUCUAAAUGGCCGGAUGGGACCUCCAGCAGCCGCCUUGUGCUUGGCCUUAUCUCCAGAGCUGGUGUUCUCCUGCAGGAGGAUGUCUAUGUUCAUGUGAUGAAGAAAGUGGUUUAGUUGUUCAGCAGACUUCAAACAGUCAGUGGAUUGUGUCUUAAUACUUCAUGUCACAGUGUAAGCCUUUAUGUACUAAAUGGGAAUUUUAUUGUUAGUUUAUAGGUCAAUAACCUGCAGCAGAAAUUCACACUCUAUUAUAAUAAUGGCUUCCUGGGGCCGUACUUUGGGGAGAAAAAUGUGUUUUUGACACGCCUUAGUACUUGGCGUGUUUCUGACGGCUCACCUGCAUGUGGGGUUGUGUAUACAGCCGUGCCUGGAGUUGGACGCCGCUUUGUCAGAACGAGGACUAAGGGACCGCCUGGAGCUGCCGGGAAGAGCCCCCCUUUCUAAAAAAGUACCAUCAAGAGUGUCUCAUUCAGAGGCCUGGUUGACAGAAGCGUUCUUUUUUGUACAAAUUGAGUACGUUUACUCUGAAAUACACAGGAACCGUUCUCAAAGUGCCCGCUGCUCUGGUGACCUUCCAGAGGAACUCCCGGCCCUGCACCUGGAUUUUUCUGCGCUUGAAUACAUGCUGAGUGUCCGGACAGAGCCUCCGUUUCCCAAAACGCAGUAUUGUCCCUUUUGCUCACACAGAAUGUGGGGGUGGGCUGCUCUAUGGUGUUCCCUUUAAAAAUGGUAGUCCUUACCAGUGCCAAGUCCAGGAUCUCCCUGUUGAUGGGUGGGUGUGACGCUAGUUGGAAAGGAGGACUUGAUGGUAAUUUACAUAGCACUUUCUCUAACGAGGAGUGUGGUGGAGGGAGGAGCAGGUGGCGAUUAUGGGGCAAGGAAAUGGCCUUAAAGCCAGCCCAGCCUCUCUGGGGACCCCCCCCCCAGUUCUCAUGUAGUCAUGAGUGUACCUCUCUUCCCUUGGGGCUGCAGCUGUGGCAAUAUAGGAAAUAAAGUGCCUGUUGACUAUGGGAAAUGGCACUGCCGAAUUGUUUUAGUGAUGAAAGUAGGUUUGAUUGUCCCAUGUGCAUUUUUACCUAGUCCCCAUCGUGUCCUGAGACAAAUCUCUGAUGCAGUUUGUUGGAUUUAAGGGAGAAGUCCAUGGACAUAAUUUUCUUUCCUUUGCACUAAGCUCUGGCUCUUGUAGAGAUGGGUCCUGUGAACACAGCCUACUCAGACCUCCACAGUUCAGGUAGUCUUGUGGCCAGCAGUUCUCCUUUCUACCUGCGAUUACAAACAAUUUGCAUAGACAACUUUAUUUACAUUUUAAAAAUCUGUCUGAUGUAAGGGCAGGUGACUGCUGCCAUUUUUCAGAGACCAGAAUGGUAACAAGAGUUUAGCGACUUGCCCAGAAAUCACAUAAGCCAAGACUAAAAUCCCAGAUUUUAAGACUUCCCUCUGCCCUGGGUUAUAAUCUUUUUUUGAUAGACCUGAGUCCCUCUGAGACCCAUAAUUUUGAAGCAGUGUGUCAUGAAUGUUUAUCAUCUUUCUUGGGCAUGCUUUUCUAAAUAUUUUGAAUACAUUCAACGGCAAUUACCCCCAAAUGCCAUACCUACCUGUAAUAAGUGGGGAAGAAAAUUAAUUGCCUAAAAAAUAGCCAUGAAUACUUAGCAACACAGGGUUGUAAAUUGUGCUCCUCAUUUUAAGCUGCUGCAUGAGCACGCUUACAGAAUUAUUAACCAACUUACUACUUGGCUUGUUUUCUGUAUGAAUCAAUUCCGGAGGAGUAACCUUAGAAUGGAGUGUUUUUUGAAUCUUAAAUUUUACAUUUCUUUUUUAUAUGGCAAAGUGUAUGAUGUCAUACACUGAGAAAAGUGUUACCUUUCAACAAAGGAUGUAAUUUCAAGAUCAGGUUUUGUAGUCUGUUGAAAAUACUCUCAUAGCAUGACUUCCUUUGAGGAUAAUCAUAGAGCUCACAUGCAUUUGAUCUGCUCAAAACUAGUAACUGAAGCCAAGUUCCAUAGUUCUUCCUUAUUUCAGGGUUCUGCUUUAUCCUACCUGGCUACACAGCCUGCCUGUCUGAAUCCUAAGCUUCUGUAUUUUCCACAGUGGGCACACGUCAAGAUGUUACCCACUUGUUUGAGCAUCAUUCAUAAAAAUUAGUUUUGCUUAUGAACUUAAAGGAAUUUGAGCUUAUUUUUCACUUCAGGGAACAAGUUCAUUUGCAUCAGCUCCUGUGUUAUUUUUUGGUAAGAACUGUACAGAAGAGAGAUUAGCUGUUUACUAUAGUGCCAAAUUUAGGAGGGGCAGCGUGCGAUCUUUAUUGAGUGGUGUGUGCUUGAUAAAUAGGGCACGUUUAACCUUGAAAUCUUGUGAAAUCAAAUGCAGUUGAAAAUAUCAGAAGCUGUUUGCUGGGCUGUGGAACAGGCUGCAAACAAGGCCAUUUUGGCAGCAAAAUGAUCAAAAGCUGAAAUCAGACUUCUUAAUCUGUGAUGCUUGUGGCAUCCUUUGCUAAAUCUAGCUCCACACCGAGGGCAGGUAAUGAAACUACCUAGGAAUCCCACCUAGAUGGCUCUGAUCUGUCCUUGUAUUGUGGAGUCAGAGACCCAGCCCAGAUCACAGCAUGGGAGGUUCUGGAGCUGCAGAGGAGCAGUCACCACGGAAGUCACUUGGAGUGGAACACGUUACAGUGUCAGGAGGAAGGAGCUAGGCGGCAGUGUCAUUGCUGAUGUGAUGGCUUCUCCACUUUGGUUCCAAGGCUCCCGGUGAUGUUUGAUUCACUUCUGGUCCUCUCUGUUUUGACCUCAUUUCUGUGGUUAGAGCCACAUGCCUUUUGUUUCCUGAGGCGAAGACUGGAAAACUCUCAGCAUUACGAGCUACGUUCAGUAGUCCGUAAGUCUGGUGAAAUUUAGCUGAGCUGUGAUGAGAACGGACUGGCUUACUCUAGCAGCUGUGGAUGCAGUCUAGCUGGGGGUGGAGUUUACAAGGUGUAUCAUGAUUCAUCGGGUGGCCAGAGGGACAGUCAAAGCAGUUUGCUCUUGGUGUCAGCUGUUUCCUUUGUUAAUACUUGAGCUGUCUUACUUGCCAGUGUUUGCUUAUGUCCCACGCCAGUUACUGAUGGCGGCAGCCAGGAUGGGCUCCUACCCCAUCAAGAAACAGUACAGAGGGAGUUGGUGGGUUCUGCCAAUGCACUAAAGUGCACAAAAUGGCCCAGAGAUGCUUUCAUCUACAUUAAGAUCCCAAAAGAGAUGUUUGUCAAAAUGCUUAGAAACAAGAAAAAUGAACAAUACUGCUGAAGUGUAUGGAUUUGUAAGGUUUUUAACAAGCCCAGGAAAACAAAUUUAUGACCAAAAGAAAGUUUCCCGCCACCACGAAUAGACAUUAUAAGCACUUGGGAAAGUUGCCGAGGUUUUGGAAUAUAAACUCUUUAAGCACACUAUUGAAGAAUGAGGCAGAUCCUGAAGAUGUUCACUGGGGAAAGCAGUCUUGGCAAGAUUCAGAAGUAAGAAGGCUUGACGAAGAGAAGGGGACUUGCUUCGAACAGAGGUGCCAGGGCCUCUAGAGCGACAGCAGCAGCAGCUCCCGGGGCAGAAGUGGAGGCUGGCUCCAGCGGCCUCUCAAGCCCCGCCCCCCCCCACCCCACGACUCCGGUGCCCGCUACCGUUGCGAACCGCGAACCGCAGGCUUUGCAUAGUUAGAUGUUUUAAGAUGUUGAUGUCCCCCUGAACUCUGAGGUGCACUUACAUUUCUCUCCAUAAGUAUAGACGUGUUUUGUACAUGAUUCUUUGCAGAAAUUGUUAAUAUCUUUAUUUCCCAUACUUUUUCCCUGAAGCUCCUAAAAGAUCUGGAAAUAUUGGGAAAGGAUGAUGUGGAUGGAGAAAAAGGUCAUCAAGGCCAUAUUUAGGUGGAUGGAAACAACUUUUAACGUGGGUUAAAAUAUAACCAUGAAUUUUUAGUCUGUGCGUGAUAGUCGUUUUUCAUAAAAGACAGUAAAACAUUUGUGUAAGAUACUGCUAUCCUUGACUUCAUGGUAUUUGUUCAUUACAUCUUAGUUUCCUGGGAAAAUGUGUAUUUUCCAGCAUAAUAAUGGUGAAGUCUUUAAAGUAUGGCUCGCAAAAGUGGAAAUAAUUGGAGGGGAAAAAAAACCACCCCGAGUACAGAGUGUUGUGUAAUAAAUACUUGUUGAGUUA